AGCUGAACGUUAACUUAAGGGAAAUAACAAAAUCGGGAAAACGACGAAGAAGAAAACGAAACUUUUUUUUUUUAUUAAUUUUAAUGGAUGCAGGCUGGUUUUAGGUUUUUAGACAACGCUGCCAAGAAUAUAUUCGUCGCAGACGACUAUUGCAUUAUACGCAUAUUGUUCCGACUAUUUUCGACUACUCGGCUACAAGUUAGGAUUUAGAAGAGUGAUCUACUGUGAUAGGGUUAAUCUAGAAUCUAAUCUAGAAUUUAGCCAUUAUUGGUAGCUUUUAGCUCCGAAAUGUAUUAUCGUUAUAGUAUUAUCUUAGUAAUUUGGGUCUGUGGAGUUUCCAAUGAGGAAACCACAAAACCAACAAACCAGCUCUUGGCUGGGUCUUCUCCAAGGGUUACAAUGCCAAGUGAAAUAGUGACAUCGGACGUUGGAUCUGAAACUUUUCUGGCAUGUUAUAUUAAUGGAUACAACAUAUCUGAAAUCUAUUGGUCAAAGCAUGGAAAGAAACUAUCAACAGAAGAAUACGACAUUCAGACUUUUCCUUCAGGAAAGGAUUCCGCCACCACCAAGAUUCGUUUUGAGAACAUCCAGAAAUAUCAUGCGGGCAACUAUAAUUGCCACGCGGAAAGUAAGAAUGGUAGUUCCAAAUCUACUGUCAGAUUGAAUGUUGUGGAUGCAGAAAUGAGUCCACCUGCAGUUGUUCCUGCUACGCUUACACCUGUCACCGAUCAAAAUCAAAACCAAGCACAGGACAACAACUACGAAGACAUUCUGUGGAAAUUCGGAUUAGGCGCCAUCGUCUUAUUAGCACUCAUUUUUCUCGUCGCCUUUUACGUCCUAAAGAAAGGAUGUUGUUUUACACUGUCUUGCAUUUCAAAUGGAUUGCAUAAGUUAAAAGGAACACAAGGAAGGCCAGAUAAGAAUAAGAAUAACAAGGAGGUAUUAGGCAAGGACGAGCGAGAUGGGUCUGACGAAACCCAUAGAAAACAUGGUAGUGCAAAUGGAGGGUCUGAUCCCGAAGCUGAACUGAACGGAGUAGAGGUCCAGCCGACCAGAAUGGUCAAGCAGAAGCUUUAAAAGUUUUAGGACCUGCCGGGCAGGAUGUUGGGGCAGUGACACAAAGGCAUAAAUGAAAUUUUUUUAAGAAAGAUGUGACAAUUUAGAUCUGCGGAAGUGUGGACUGCAGUUAAUUGCUCAACUUGGUUUUCUUGUCUCACAUAUGUUGUAUGUGUGGUACUAAGACGAAUAGUUGUGAAAGGCUGCUUUAGAACCAAUCUGAAUUUUGUAUACCCUUUUCUUCCAUUUUGAUCAGUAAUUACGUCCCAUGAAAAAUGAGCUACAUGAAUUCCGCGGUAGGAUAACUUAAACUCCUUUCUGUACAAUUAAUCAUCCAGGUGCUUCAUUCCAAUUUUUUAAAAUGAAGAUUACUUUUUCUCGUUAGUACCACA